AUGGAUGACGAUAUGUAUCAUUCUUACGCUGAUUUGCUAAAUAGCACGUCACCGGAAUUUGUGGAAAUUAAUCAAUUCGACGAGAUUUCUACACCUCUCGAAAGUGCAGUGGCAGGGCAAGUAUUAUCAAAAAGAAAAAAGAAUUUUUCCCGCGAUGAGGAUAUUAUUCUUGUUUCAGCAUGGCUAAAUACAAGCAAGGAUGCUAUUACUGGAAAUGAUCAGAGAGCCACUACGUUUUGGGGAAAAAUAUAUGAUAUAUUUAUGAGUCAUGGCGGUGAUGUGGGGCGUACCGAGAAAAGUAUAAAACAUCGUUGGGGGCAAAUUAAUGCACGAUGUUCUAAAUUUGCUGGAUGUGUCAAACAAAUCGACGAUAGACAUCAAUCCGGUCAAUCGACUCAUGGAAAGUUGAUUGAAGCAAAACAACUAUAUGUUGCCGAUGAAGGUAGAGCUUUCCAACUAGAACAUUGCUUUGAACUUCUUCAAAAUGAGAGAAAAUGGCAAACACUAAAAAAAAGUAAAAUUGUCGACCUCGAUGUUGAUGCAAGCCCUCUUGGUGAUAGUAGUGAUCAUUCCACUACUCACGUUCGGCCUCUCGGUAACAAGGCGUCAAAAGAACAAUUGUCAAGGAAGAAAGCAAACUUAAAGACCGGUAGCUCAUCUACGAUGUCUGUUACGGAUGAGCGUUGGGCAAAAAAGAUUGAAAUAGAAGAACAAAAGUUUGAGCAGCGCAAAAAAAUGAUAGAGGAGUCUCAAAAAAGUCGUGAGAUUGCAAUUAUGGGGACAAACACUAGCGGAAUGGAUCCAAUUCAUGCCGCUUAUUGGGAGGCCCAGAAAAAUGAAAUACUUAGCAAAAGAGGUUUUAAUUGA